AUGUCCGCGGAGGUUAUGUUCGACGACGAAUCUUCUUGCAGUGGAAUAACCUUAACUUCCUAUGAGUCACCGUUGCAAGUCACCUCACGAUCAGAGCUUGACUCGGAAUAUGUCCCGUCCGAGACGAGCGAGGACCGACGAUUCGUUGUUGCCGAAACUGAUAAUCUCUCAUAUUACUCCCAAGACGCCUUUGAAGUAGAAGACCUUCUUGAUACCCACAUGAUAGAUUGUGUCAAUGACAAUAAGCGCGAGUAUCUCGAGACUGGAGUAAAAGUGCCUAUCAAAGCAGUUGCGAAGCGAACUGUGUGUCAGGAUGGACAAUUACAGAUUCAGCAUCUGGUCCUUUGGACUUCAUGGGAAGUUGUUGAGAAUUCUGAGGCCAGGCAGGGAUGA